AGCGUGACCGCCGCCAGGUCGGCAACUUUGUCGGGCGCUCCCGGCGGAGCUCGGCUUCCUCCUGUAGUAGUUGGGCGCAGGCCCCGCCUCCCGGCCGUGUUGUCAAAAGGGCCGGGGUCUCGGAUUGGUCCAGCCGCCGGGACAACACCUGCUCGACUCCUUCAUUCAAGUGACACCAGAGCUUCCAGGGAUAUUUGAGGCACCAUCCCUGCCAUUGCCGGGCAUUCGCGGCGCUGCUAACGGCCUGGUCACAUGCUCUCCCGAGUGCUACUGGAGGGCGCUGGGUAACCUCUAUCCGAGCUGCAGCCGCGAGGAGGAGGGAAAAGGCUAGCAAAGAGGAAGAGGGGGAGAAGGAGGGGUAGCGGGGAAGGAGGAAGAGGAAGAGGGGAGCACAAAGGAUCCAGGUCUCCCUGUGGGAGGUUAAUACCAAGAAUUAUGUGUGCCGAGCGGCUGGGCCAGUUCAUGACCCUGGUCUUUGUGUUGGCCACCUUUGACCCGGCGCGAGGGACCGACGCCACCAACCCACUCCAAGGUCCCCAAGACAGAAGCUCUCAGCAGAAGGGCCGCCUGUCCCUGCAGAAUACAGCGCAGAUCCAGCACUGUUUGGUCAAAGCUGGCGAUGUGGGGUGUGGCAUGUUUGAAUGUUUCGAGAACAACUCUUGUGAGAUUCGGGGCUUACAUGGAAUUUGCAUGACUUUUCUGCACAACGCUGGAAAAUUUGAUGCCCAGGGCAAGUCAUUCAUCAAAGACGUCUUGAAAUGUAAGGCCCACGCUCUGCGGCACAGGUUCGGCUGCAUAAGCCGGAAGUGCCCAGCCAUCCGGGAAAUGGUGUUGCAGCUGCAGCGGGAAUGCUACCUCAAGCACGACCUGUGCACGGUGGCCCAGGAGAACACCCAGGUGAUAGUGGAGAUGAUCCAUUUCAAGGACAUGCUGCUGCAGGAACCCUACCUGGACCUCGUGAACUUGCUGCUGACCUGUGGGGAGGAGGUGAAGGAGGCCAUCACCCACAGCGUGCAAGCUCAGUGUGAGCACAACUGGGGAAGCCUGUGCUCCAUCUUGAGUUUCUGCACCUCCGCCAUCCAGAGGCGCCCCACGGAGCCCCCCGAACGCCAGCCCCAGGUGGACACAGCCAAGCUCUCCAGGGCCCACCACGGGGAAGCAGGACAUCAUCUCCCAGAACCCAGCAGUAGGGAGACCGGCAGAGGUGCCAAGGGCGAGCGAGGUAGCAAGAGCCAGCCAAACCCCCAUGCUCGGGGUAGAGUCGGGGACCUUGGGGCCCAGGGACCUUCUGGAAGCAGCGAGUGGGAGGAUGAACAGUCAGAGUAUUCUGAUAUCCGGAGGUGAAACGAAACGCCUGGUGACGAAAUCUUUCCUCUGCGCCGUCCAUUUUCUUACCUAUGGACAUUCCAAAACAUUUACCAUUAGAGAGGGGGGAUGUCACAUGCAGGAUUCUAUGGGGACUGUAGGCUUCAUGGAGGUGUGUGUUCUCAGAACGGACAGGUGAGAUGGAGACCCCUGGGGCCGCGGGGUCUCGGGGGUGCCUGGUGAAUUCUGCACUUACACAUACUCAAAGGAGCGCGCCCGCGUUAUCCUUGUAUCUUUGUCUUCUUUCCAUCUGUGGAGCAAGUGGGUGGUGGCUGCUCUGUAGUGGGGGAGGUGAACCGGGAGGGGCAGGGUAAGGCAGGACCCCCAGGGCUGGACCACACAGUGGGUGCUGGGCCCCGCCCCAAAGCUUGUGGUGCAGCAGCCUCUGGUGCUGUCUCCACAGAAGUCAGGGUGGCUGGAUUCCAGGACAGGAGUGAAUGUAAAAAUAAAUAUCGCUUAGAAUGCAAGACAAGGGUGGAGAGGAGGCAGGGGCCGCGGGGGUGCUUGGUGCCAAACUGAAAUUAAGUUUCUUGCAUGGGACCUUGCAGUUCAGAGCUCUUGGUGGGGGCAGGGGGAGGGGUGGGAGGAGUGUCAUAUCUCUGUGUAAUUUCUGAGCCAUUGUUCUGUCUGGGCUAGGGGCGGGGGCACACUGUCCAAGGUAGUGGCCCCUAUGAGUUUAUAUUUUUACCACUGCUUCAAAUCUCCAUUUCACUUUUUAUUUGUCCAGUUAUAUCUACAUAUCUGACAUCUAAAUAAAUGGCUUUCAAACAAA